AUUUUGUUCUAUCAUCUAUGUUCGUCGCAAUAUUGUGUAAUUAUUCUUUAUUCCCUCCAAUGGGUUAACUAAAAUGCAACAAUGCUAAGCUGUAUUGAUAAAUCGAUAACCGAUUUCGAGUCUACAGAAUUAAUCAGAAUUGUUUACGUUAUUGACACGACAUAGAUUAAAAUUUAAUUGUGUCCUUUUAAAACUACAAUAGUAUUGUUAUUAUAUAUAUUGAAAUUAAACAACAAAAAUCAAUUAAGAAACAAUGCUUUCUUCUACGGAUAUCAGUGAAACAGAUAAUAUGCAAUCAGUUUUAAAGAAAAUACAAGACGAAGAGGAUGGGAUUAAUUCCAAUUUACAAAACCUGCUUUCCAAGCAAACAAUUUUGGACUCAAAAAUGAAUGCAAUUUGUUAUUUCCUGGGUGCCUUAAACACAGUAAGCACAGACUCUAAAAAGUUAAGCACACAAAUUUCUCAUACGUCCGAUUUAGCUAAAUCUGUUAGUGCUAAAGUACGUUCUGUAGACAUGGCACGGAGUAGGGCAUCUGAAUGCCAGAAGCGUGUUCACGAUUUGAUAGAUCUGCAACUUUGUAGUCAAGGUGUUUUGAAUGCCCUUGAAGAGGAAGAUUAUGAAAAGGGAUCUGCACUUAUUGGACGCUUUUUAUCAAUUGAUCAAAAUGUUCUACGGCGUACUGCUGGUGACGUCGGAUCAAACGGUUCGGUUACAUCUGUAAGUGAUGCAGUCGAUACACUGGAAAAGGCUACUGAGAAAAUGCGAAAGCUUGUAGUUAUCCGUUUUGACGAAGCGGUUAAUAAAGAUGACUUAGCAUCCGUUGAACGUUUUUUGAAAUUGUUCCCAUUAUUAGGUAUGCAUCAGGAUGGCAUUGAAAAGUUUGGCAAAUACAUUUGUUUGAAAUUAGCGCUAAAAUGUGAAAAAGAACUGCGAUCAUCUUUGGAUAUUGCAAAGGCAGAGAAUCGCUUAUCAGUCGCAUUUGCGGACACCUUAACAAUAUUGCUUGAAAAUUUCGCUAGAGUAAUUGAAGUGAACAAACCUAUUAUAGAGACCUACUAUGGAUCUGGUUAUCUUCUUAUCUUGGCCACAUUACUACAAAAUGAAUGUGAUUUAGAGGUGAAGAACGUAAUUUUAGAAUUUAAUAAAAAUAGGCGUAUUCCAGAUCUAAUUCAACAAAUUAACGAAUAUAAUCGUUUAAUAGGUGGCAGCAUGCCUUCCCUUAUUCAAUUUCAAAAACAAUCAUUAAACUCUGAUAAACCACAACCUAAAGAUAUAGAUGCUUUAAUAUUGGAAUUGACAAUAAUGCAUUCUCGUGCUGAAUUGUACUUCAGAUUUUUGAGGCGUAAAGUUAAUUCGGACAUUGAGGCAAGUGACAAACACCCCAUUGAAAAAGAACAGCAACUUCAACGAUUAUCAACCACACUAAAUAAUUCAGACCUUAGCCGCAAAAUGCAGGAGAUACUAAGCACUUAUCUUCUCUUCGAAAGGCAUUUCAUGGAGGAAAGUGUGUAUAAAGCUAUAAUUUUAGAUACAUUCGAGGGCGGUCAACAAUGUUCCUCUAUGGUAGAUGAUGUUUUCUAUAUUUUGCGAAAAUGUAUUCGUCGAUCGUUAACAACACAAUCAGUAAAUGGAUUAUGUGCAGUAAUUAAUAACACCGCUUCCUGUUUAUGUAACUUCAUAAGUGCAUUGAAAAUUCCAUUAAAAAAUGGAUAUCCUUCUGGUUACACAGAUUUGGCUUAUAGUGCAAUACAAAGUGCUGUGCAACAUGGCAAAUUACAAUCAAGCGACAGUGAAAAAGCACGCAGCAAUUUUAUAAAUCGAUUGAAUAAUGCCGAUAUGUCAACGGAAUUCCUUGAAACAUUGUGGGAAACAGUGGAACAAGAUAUUAAAAAUACAUUCCCCUCUUUAUCAGUUACAGAGCAGCGAAUCGUAGAUAGCUGCAUAUCAGAAUUAAGAACUGUGAGGGAUUCUUUGAAGGCCUGUGUAAAUUUCGGCAUGACACAAUUGAGGUCCAGUGCAAUUAAGCCCCGCUUAAAUCCCUGGAUUGAUCAAUUCUUCAAUUAUAGCCAUAUAUUAUCCGAAGAAGAACUAGCUGACUACGAAGCUGGAGAAACUUUUAUCCAAACACUUAUUGUGCAACUCGAUUCAUUUUUAAGUCAAUUUAAAAAUGUACUAACACCACGAAACUUUGACGCUUUUGUUAGCAUUUUGGCAUCAGAUACAACAUCUAGACUAGAGAGGGCUGUCAAGAAAUCGUCAUUUAACCGCCUGGGAGGUCUUAUACUCGACCAGGAGAUUCGUGCCCUCAGCUCAUAUUUAACUGGCGUCACAUCAUGGUCCGUGCGCGAUAAAAUGACACGUCUAACGCAGAUAGCGACAAUCUUAAAUCUAGAAAAAGUUGAAGAGCUUUCAGAUUAUUGGGGUCCGGAUAACGAUAAUGAGUCUCCUUCUUGGCGUUUAACGCCUCAAGAAGUGCGAACAUUAUUAGCAUUACGUAUCGAUUUUCGCAUAGAUGACAUUAAGCGCAUUAAAUUAUAAGCGCUUAGAAUUUAAUAUCUAUAUACUUUAUAUUACAUUUAAAAUACUUUAAAAAAAUAUCCGCAUAAUAUAAAUAUAAAUAAAAAGAAAUAAAAAUUUUAAUAUUACAUAUUUAUUUAAUAAUAUCUAUUAUAAAUUUGAGCAUUUCAUAUGUACGUAUAUGUAGAUUCACUUUUUACUUUUUUCCAAGUUCAAAGUUCACAUCAAGACGAGCUGAAUAUUUCGUGCUAUCCGUAUCAAAAUUGUUUUUGCUAUGGACCAACUUAAUUCCUCCAUCAACAGACGUUUUACUAUCUGCACUGCGCCAAAGGUUUGCUAAUGCUUCUAGCGAUAAGUCCGUAUUUUGUUGACGGCUGUCGUGAUCAGCGGUUAAUGUUAGAUCCAAUUGACGAUGAUAUCUUUUAAGAAGCUCUAGAUGUAAUUUUUCUUCAUACAACUUUUGACGGAGUGCUUCAGAAUUCAUCAGCAUUAUUAUAAAAAUAUAUGCUGAGAUUAACCCUCUCAUUGUUUUUCAAAGAUAUCCCAGUAUUCGAAAUAACACUCUUAGAUUGAAAGACCAUCGGACAAUGCAUAUAAUUUAUGUAGAACAUCUUAUCUCUACAUUGAUAACGGUGAUGGCAAUUUAACAUAAAUAUGUGUAUGUACUAUUAUUUUUUAAUUGAUCAUGCAAACUUAUGUGAAUGUACAAGUAUGUAUAUUAUUAUAAAUAUAUUAUAUUAUAUUUUAAAUUGUUUAAAAAGUAUAUUAAUGUCGAAACUC